AUGAAGCAGCAAUUUCUUGAGAAAUGUUUUCCUACUUCCCGAGCUGCAAGCAUUAGGAAAGAUAUAUGUGGGAUUAGACAAUUUAAUGGAGAGACAUUGCACGAGUAUUGGGAAAGGUUCAAACAGUUAUGUGCAAGUUGUUCUCACCAUCAAAUCCCUGAUCAACUUUCCAUUCAAUAUUUUUACAAGGGAUUAUCAACAACAGAUAGGAAAAUUAUUAACGCAGCCAGUGGAGGAGCAUUGGUGAAUAAAACACCAACGGAAGCGAGAAGGAUAAUUUCAAGCAUAGCAGCCAAUGGUCAACAAUUUGGUGAGAGACAGGACUAUGAUCCUAGAAAAGUCAAGGAGGAGACGAGAGCUAGUAUUCAAAAUCUGGAUAAUCAAGUGAGCCAACUAGCAGCUGCAUUUAAUCGAUGGGAGUCUCAAGGUUCAAGAAAAUUGCCUUCACAGACGGUUAUUAACCCCAAGCAAAAUGUGAGUGCAAUUACAUUGAGAAAUGACAAAGAGUUGCCACAACUCAGUCAGAGAAUUUCUGAGCAGGCCAUUGAGGAGGCUAUUGAGAAAGAAGAAAUGGCACCCAAACCUAAAGAUGUGCCACAGCAAAAAUUCAGAGAUGAAUCGUUAGUAGUGGUGACACCUCUUCCUCCAUUUCCCAGUCGAUUUGCAAAAUCCAAGAAGAAGGAGCAAGAGCAAGAAGUUUUUGACAUUUUUCACAAAGUUGAGGUAAAUAUUCCUCUUCUCAAUGCCAUUAAACAAAUUCCACAAUAUGCGAAAUUUCUUAGAGAAUUGUGCACCACUAAGAAAAAGUUAAAGGGUUUUGAAAAGAUUUAUAUGGGAGAAAAUGUUUCAGCGCUUUUACAACAAAAAUUGCCUCCUAAAUAUAAGAAUCCAAGUAUAUUUAUUGUUCCUUGCAAAAUAAGGAAUGUUAAGGUUGAAAAAGCAUUGAUAGAUUUAGGAGCUGCAAUAAAUAUCAUGCCUCGUUCCAUUUAUAAUUCUCUGAAUCUUGGACCCUUAAAAGAAACGAGUGUUAUUAUGCAACUUGCUGAUAGGUCUAAUGCAUAUCCUGAUGGGGUGUUAGACGAUAUUCUAGUUCAAGUUGAUAAGUUGGUUUUUCCUGCAGAUUUCUAUGUGUUGGAUAGGGAUGAUGAUUUUUCUGUUUCACUCCCAAUUUUGUUAGGCAGGCCAUUUUUAAUGACAUCUAAAACAAAAAUUGAUGUUUAUUCAGGAACCUUGACAAUGGAAUUUGAUGGUGAAAUAAUAAAAUUCAAUAUUUGUGAUGCCAUUAAAUGUUCCAGUGAGGCACAUUCUGUUUUUGUUAUAGAUGUAAUUGACCCUUUCAUACAGCAAAAGUUUGAAUUAAAUGGUAGAGAUACUUUGAAGGUUGUAAUCAAUCGCAAUUUGGAUUCGUAA